CUGUCGACAAACACAAGCAAAUUCUACUUAUUCCUAACCCAAGCGAGAGUGUUUCUUACCUAUAUAUGCAAAAAAAAAAAUAUUAAGUUAAAAAACAAGUAAAAUGUCGUCUAGCAGAAGGUCGAGGCAAUCAAGCUCGUCAUCAAGGAUUAACGAUGAUCAGAUCACUGAUCUUAUUUCAAAGCUCCGACAGUCUAUUCCAGAGAUUCGCCAGAACCGUCGUUCAAACACGGUGUCAGCAUCGAAGGUGUUACAAGAGACUUGCAAUUACAUAAGAAACUUGAACAAAGAAGCCGAUGAUCUCAGUGAUCGAUUGUCUCAGCUUCUGGAGACUAUUGAUCCUAAUAGCCCACAAGCAGCCGUUAUUAGGAGUUUGAUUAAUGAAUAGCUAAGAUAUAUGUACUUUAUAUAUCAUUUUACAAUCUCCUUGUGAGUUUGAUCCAUCAGGGUUUCUACUUUAUUAUCUGUUAUAUGUUUUAUAUAUUAUUUAUAAGUGUAGCUAGCUAGGGUUCUUAUAUCGGACCCUCUUCUGUUUUAACAUGCAACUUAAGCUAUAAUUAUAAUAAAUUACAUUUCAGC